GUAUCCGCUGCUCCGGUUCCGCCGCUGUUGUUGUGUUUAUUCUCUCUCUGUGUUCGGUCAUGGCUGCUCAUUCCGCUGAAAAUCCGUUCCCGUUCCACGGGCUGCUUCCCAAGAAAGAGACCGGCGCUGCGUCUUUCAUCACCAAGUUCCCGGAGUACGAUGGCCGGGGGGUGCUCAUCGCCAUCCUCGACACCGGGGUGGACCCAGGGGCCCCGGGCAUGCAGUUCACAACAGACGGGAAACCCAAGAUCAUUGACAUCAUUGACACGACGGGCAGCGGCGAUGUGAACAUGUCCACUGUGGUGGAGGUGAAGGACGGGACAGUAAUCGGACUGAGCGGACGCACGCUCAAUAUGCCCGCCACCUGGGUGAAUCCAUCAGGGAAGUAUCACAUCGGAAUAAAGAACGGUUAUGAUUUUUUCCCUAAAGCUCUUAAAGAGAGAAUACAGAAAGAGUGUAAAGAGAAGCUGUGGGAUCCAGCACACAGAGCAGCUCUCGCAGACGCCAGCCGCAGGACAGAAGAGUUUGAGCAGACUCACCCAAACCCAUCACAGAUGGAGAAGCUGCAGAAGGAGGAAUUACAGUGUCACGUGGAGCUGUUAGGAUCUCUAGAGAAGAAGUACAGUGACCCGGGACCCAUUUUUGACUGUGUAUCGUGGCAUGAUGGUGUCACAUGGAGGGCUGUGGUGGACACCUCGGAGUCAGGUGACCUGUCGUCCUGUAGCGUUCUCUGCUCAUACAGAGAGAGACAGGAGUACGCUACACUGGGAUACGCUGAGAUGCUCAAUUACUCCGUAAACAUCUAUGAUGAGGGGAACACACUGUGUAUCGUCACCAGCGGAGGUGCUCAUGGGACACAUGUGGCCAGCAUCGCAGCGGGUCACUUCCCCGAUGAGCCCGAGAGGAACGGUGUCGCCCCUGGAGCACAGAUCCUCGCUGUGAAGAUCGGAGACACCCGCCUCAGCACCAUGGAGACGGGCACUGGCCUCAUACGAGCUAUGAUUGAGGUGAUAAACUACAAGUGUGAUCUGGUGAACUACAGUUACGGUGAGGCCACACACUGGCCAAACUCAGGGAGAAUCUGUGAGGUCAUCACCGAAGCUGUACAGAAGUUUAAUGUUUUGUUUGUUUCAAGCGCUGGGAAUAAUGGCCCAUGUCUCUCCACUGUGGGCUGUCCUGGAGGAACUACUAGCAGUGUGAUUGGUGUGGGAGCUUACGUCACUCCUGACAUGAUGGUGGCUGAAUAUUCGCUCCGAGAGAAACUUCCUCCUAAUCAGUACACGUGGUCGUCUCGCGGUCCCAGUACAGACGGCGCUCUGGGUGUCAGUAUCAGCGCUCCCGGUGGAGCCAUCGCAUCCGUACCCAACUGGACGCUCCGUGGCACGCAGCUGAUGAACGGAACAUCAAUGUCAUCACCAAAUGCCUGCGGUGGAAUCGCCCUCAUACUCUCAGGUCUGAAGCAGAAUGGCGUUCGGCCCACAGUCCCAGCGGUGAGAAGAGCUCUGGAGAACACGGCACUGAAAGUAGAAGAUAUAGAGGUGUUUGCACAGGGACACGGCAUCAUACAGGUGGAGCGGGCGUUCGACUACCUCAUGCAGCAUGCGUCGCUGCCCACCAAUAGCCUCGGCUUCACAGUUACCGUAGGAACACAGCGAGGCAUCUACCUCAGGGACCCGACUCAAGUCACGGUCCCCUCUGAUCACGGGGUCGGCAUCGAGCCUGUCUUUCCAGAGAACACAGAGAACUCCGCACGCAUCUCUCUGCAGUUGCACCUGGCUCUUAUCUGCAACGCUGCAUGGGUGAACUGCCCCUCACACCUGGAGCUCAUGAAUCAGUGUCGACACGUCAAUGUGCGCAUCGACCCGCAGGGACUGAAAGAAGGACUGCACUACACUGAGGUGUGUGGUUAUGACACGUCCUCUCUCAGCGCCGGUCCUCUCUUCAGAGUGCCGAUAACGGUUAUAAUUCCUGCAAAAGUCACAGACAGUCGCAGUCAGGAGGUGGCGUUCACAGAUGUGCAUUUCAGACCUGGACAGAUCCGACGCCACUUUAUUACUGUCCCUCAGGGAGCAUCAUGGGCAGAGAUCUCAUUAACGUCUCACUCCGGAGACGUGUCGUCGAAGUUCGUCCUGCAUGCGGUUCAUCUAGUGAAGCAGCGAGCGUACAGAGCCAAUGAGUUUUAUAAGUUUUCGUCUCUGCUGGAGAAGGGCUCACUCACAGAAGCAUUUCCUGUGCUGCCAGGACGGACUUUAGAACUGUGUGUUGCCCGCUGGUGGGCGAGUCUCGGUGAUGUCAACAUUGACUAUGUUAUUUCCUUCCACGGUCUGGUGACAUCACCGUCUCCUCUUCAUAUACACGCAUCUGAAGGGAUCUCAAGUUUUGAGGUUUGCUCUCCUUUAAGAUAUGAAGAUGUUUCUCCAACAAUCACGCUGAAGAACUGGGUUCAGCCUCUGAGGCCUGUGAGUUCUAAAAUCAAACCUCUCGGUGUCAGAGACGUGUUACCCAACAACAGACAGCUGUAUGAGAUUGUGCUCACUUAUAGUUUCCAUCAGCCUAAGAGUGGAGAGGUGACGCCGAGCUGUCCUUUUCUGUGCGAGUUAUUAUAUGAAUCUGAGUUUGACAGUCAACUCUGGCUCCUGUUUGAUCAGAACAAGAGACUCAUGGGAUCUGGAGAUGCCUAUCCACACCAGUACUCUCUGAAGCUGGAGAAGGGCGAGUACACGCUGCGUCUGCAGGUGCGUCAUGAACAACAGAGCGAGCUGGAGCGUUUGAAGGAUCUGCCGUUUAUCGUGUCUCAUCGUCUGACAAAUACACUUUCACUGGACGUCUACGAGUCGCACCGCGCUGCCAUGCUGGCGAAGAAGAAAGCAAACUCUGUCACAUUGAGUCCUGGAGCGUCACAGCCGUUCUACAUCACUACUCUGCCUGAUGACAAGAUUCCUAAAGGUGCCGGUCCAGGCGGUUACAUCACCGGUUCUCUGGUUCUGCCCAAGAGUGAGUUCGGCAAGAAAGCAGAUAUCGUGCCAAUCAUCUAUCAUCUGGUUCCUGCUCCGAACAAAACCAAGAAUGGCAAAGAGAAGGAGAAGGAUGGAGAGAAGGAGAAAGACAUGAAGGAUGAAUUCUCUGAAGCCCUGAGAGAUCUGAAGAUCCAGUGGAUGACAAAGUUAGAGAACAACUCUUUAUAUGACGAGUUAAAGGAGUUGUUCCCUACACACCUGCCUCUACAUGUACAGAGACUACAUCAACUCGACUCCGAGAAGGAGCGUUUGAAGCAUUUGGGAGAGAUCGUAGCUGCAGCAGAUGUUGUUAUCUCACACAUCGAUCAGACGGCACUGGCGGUUUAUCUCACCAUAAAGACAGACCCUCGGCCAGAUGCUGCCUCCAUUAAGUGUGAUAUGGAGAAGCAGAAGUCGUCGCUGUUGGACGCACUGUGCAGGAAAGGUUGCGCUCUGUCCGAUCAGCUCAUGCAGGCUGCAGCUGCGGAGGGCGCGAGUGCGGGCGAGGUAGGCAGCUCUGACGAUGACCCGCAGGGCGUGGCCAAAGCUCUGACUGACACAUUCUGGGAGGUGCAGAAGUGGGCGGAGCUCACAGACUCUAAGGUUUUAACGUUUUCCUACAAACACGCCUUAGCAAAUAAAAUGUAUGGAAGGGCUUUGAAAUAUGCGACUAAGAUCGUUGAGGAUAAAGCCAACAAAGAAAAUUUGAAGAAUUGCAUACAGUUAAUGCGGACUCUCGGCUGGUACCACUGCGUCUCUUACACUGAGAACUGGCUGCCCAUCAUGUACCCGUCUGACUACACGCCGUUUUAAACCCAUCCUGCGGUAACAUCCUGCCACAUCACCUCAGACACAAAACGCACACACACCUCCUAAAUGCAGCCGUUUGUUUUUAACUAAGAGACUUUGAAUGCCAUCUAGAAAAACCGUUUGAAACCAAACACCUCAUACCACAUGGUCCUUCACACGUCCUAUAAUGCCUUUCUGUGUGUACGGAUCUGCACACACUCCAUCACUAAACGGACUGUUUAUCUGCGCACUGCUCACAAUAUCAGUGUUUUCAUGGGAAAUUUCAUCAUCUGCACAAACAUACUUUUGCGUUUUGCCUUUGUCUUCUCUUUAGAAGAAAAGUUUUGAAAGUAUAUAAUAACAUACAUUUAUGUUGUUUGACAUGUGAUUGCUGAGCAUUUGCUCCGUGGACAUUUCUCCCUCAACAAUAGUAAAAGCAUUUGAGUCGGAUUAUAUUUGGCUUCCUGUGGACCUCAAAUGUUCUGGAGUGUCAAUCAGCGAAUGGAAUUGCAGUGCAGGAUUCUUUAAACAUCAGGUCAACUGCUGUGUACAAAUAUAUACAUUAUUGUAACUCACGACAAUAACUUAAAGGCAAUAUGAUAUAAAUCCAGUUUAUUUUCAAUUCUGUGGGUGAAUCUCUCAAAGACAUGUCCAGGGCAUAUUUAACGCCAAAAUCAACAACUAAAUGAGAAUUUAAAUUUUGCAUUAAGAAAAUAAAGCCUAUUUUUUUGGACACCUAAGCAUUAUCACAUUAUUUUCAUGACAAUUAAGCACAUUUUCUACUUAAAUUUCAUUACUGUAAUGACAAACCAUUUAAGACCUGAUUUCAGUCAUGUGUAGUUACUAUGUUUUGCCUUUGCAGGGUAGAAUUGCUCUUUUACCAUUUAAAUUCACAUUAAAGUAAUAGAAGCCUUUAUUAGAAUAGAAGCCUUUAUUUUGGUCACACAUAAUACAUACAUUUUAGCAUAUAUACAGUGAAAUGUAUUUGUUUUCACAUAUCCCAACUAAGCUGGGGUCAGAGUGCAGGGUCAGCCAUGAUACGGCUGGAGCAGAUAGGGUCAAGGGCCCAACAGUGGCAUCUUGGCGGUUCUGGGGCUUGACCUCCCGACCUUCUGGUCGGAAACCCAGAGCCUUAACCGCUGAGCCACCAUUGCCCCUUAUGAGAAUAAGUGGGAAAAAUGUCAUGAAAAAAAUUUCACAAUGCAAAACCUCUUUUAAUGGUCUUAGACUUCAUUUUCUUUAUGCAAAAUAUUUUAUUUUGUUUUUAGGUUUAAAUAUGACGUGGACAUGUUUUUGACAGUUUCAGUGAGAUGCACCCGUAUAUACAGUAUAUGUCAAAUAUAUGCAUGUUUUAUAACAACACGAAGAUAAUUUUAUUGUGUUUAAAACUCAAACUUGUAAAGUUCUAAUAAAGUAGGGCUGAAUUUUUGUAUUUAAGGAUUAGUUCACCCAAAAAUAAAAAUUCAGUCAUUGUUUACUCACCCCUGUGUUGUUAUAACACUAUAUGACUUUCUUUCUUUUUCUGAACACAAAGAGAGAAAUUGUGAAGAAAUGUUGU